CGUCGUCGCAUGCUCCACAACCACUACACACCCAACCUUACCUUUUGCCAACCCCCAUGUCCUGUCCUAUCCUGCCCUGUCUGCUCUGCUCUGCCCUUGUCCACAAGCCCCAGCUGUUGGCGGCCCUAUCGCCACGGCGCCGUGCCCCCCCCCCCCCCCGGGGCGCGAGGCAGAGCCGCCCGCCCUCCGAGGCCGAACACCCAAGCGAAGCAGGGCCUCCGUGUGGCCUCCUCGCACUGGGCCACCAUCCUACCGGCUGCUGGCAGCACCUUUGCUGCAUGCUCAUGCCUGCCUUGCUGCCCUGUUUGCUCACGCUUCCUUGCUUUCUCGUCUCGCUACUCGUCCUGCAGGCUUUCCCUUUUGCUUGCCCGUACCGUACCAAGCCAUGCGCGCUGCGGCGCGGCGUUUACCCCCCCGGGGGGACUAUCGCUGACGUGGAGUUGCGCUUGUGAGGCAGGUCGCUUCUUCCCUCGCUCCCUUCGACUCGACUCGACUCGACUCGACUCGAACUCGCCUCCGUAGGUAGUCGGGCCUGCCGGUUCGGUCCACUCCAUGUCCAUGUCGGCGUCCCGGGGGCGGCGGCAGCGGCGGCGGGUGGCCCCAUGCCAUGCCUCCCAUGCCAUGCCAUGCGUGCUGCCAUGCCAUGCCAUGCGCGCUGCCAUGCCACGCCUUGCCCAUACCAUACGUACCUACCUACCCAUCCAUACCUCGACUCGCCGCGGGUGAGUGAGCACCUCCACCUUCCCCAUGUCGGCCUCCUUCGUGCUUCACAUGGAGCCGCCCGCCCUCCGUCCGGCCAUGUAGUCAGGGUUGCCGGGACAAAAGAGCCCGGCUCAGGGUUGGGCUGGGAUUGCACUCCGCCUCCCGAAGAGCUUCGCAAAACUAUAUAAAGCCGCUUUCCGUCGCGGCUGUGCCACGAGGCAACAUGCAGUGAGCACAGAUCUGCCAACGGCUUUCCUGUCGUCUCCCAUCAACGUCACUCCUCUUACACGUUGUGGUCUUGUUAUAUCCCAGUCCAUCUGUCUGGCCCCCCCCCCCCCCCCCCCCUCCCCUCCCCAUCCCCUCCCCCAUUCUGCCUCCUUGAUCCUCCUGAUACUCUUCAUCCUUACCCCCAUUCCCUUGUUGCUCUCCUAGACAUCAUGGCCGUCACCGGCCCAGUGUCGAGGAAACCCUCGCCGCGGGACAUGGAGCCCUUCACCCGAGGUGAAACAGUCUCUUGUCCCUUCCCGACCCUCACCGCCGCCUUCUACCAUCAGGCCACGACAGGCCCUUCCUCCGUAGCAGUUCGCGAUCUCUCCACAGGUAUUCCCCGCGAGUUGACAUAUCGUGAGCUUGCGGGACAUGCUCAGAUUCUCGCCUUGAGGCUUCGUGCCCUCGGCGUGCAACCGCAUCAGAGGAUACCCCUCGUCGUCAAGAGGGGCCUGGAGAUGGUCGUCGGUAUCUGGGCGAUUCUUUCAUGCGGCGCUCAAUACGUCCCCCUCGACGGCGGGGUGGUCCCAGACUCGACGAUACGGCACGUUGUCGAACAGUCUGAGGGCGAAAUCGUCCUCUGUCUCUCAACGACGGAACAUCGCAUUCGAAACCUUUUCCCGGGCCUCACCCCCGUGCUUGUUGACCAAUGCAUGGCCGAGUGCCCUACCUUCGCUUCUCCCACAGACCACUGGAUCGACCUUGCGACUCCCGACUCAGGCUGCUAUGUUAUUUACACAUCUGGGACUACUGGGAAACCAAAAGGCGUCGACGUCACACACAAAAACGUGGCCAACCUGGUCUGCCUAUACCCCGGAGGGCUAGGGAUCCGCCCAGGGAUGUGUGUUGGGCAAGUUCUCAACAUAAGCUUCGACAUGGCUGCCUGGGAGAUCUUCGCAUGUCUGUGCAAUGGCGGCACCCUUGUUGUCCGGGGUUCCAAGUGGGAGUCUACAAUCCAGGAGCUCGAUGUCCUCAUCUGCACGCCCACCAUACUAUCUAAAUACCACCCAGCCACAUACCCGAACAUCAAGGUCGUCGCCACGGCAGGCGAGCCUACCUCGCAAGACCUCGCCGACCUCUGGGCCGCGCAUGCCACCUACUGGAACUGCUGUGGCCCUACGGAGACGACCAUCGUUAACACCAUGUCCAAACAUAUCCCUGGCGAGCCGAUCUCCAUCGGUCGCCCCACACCCAAUAACACCGUUUACAUCCUCGACGACAAGAGCGAACCGGUACCUGUAGGCGUUUCUGGCGUCAUGUGGGCUGGAGGCCACGGAGUCACUCGUGGCUACGUGGGGCUCGAAUCCAAGACAAAGGAGGCCUACAUUCCUGAUAAAUUUGCUGGCGAUGGAUCGCACAUGUACUGUACCGGGGAUCUGGGCCAGUGGAGACACGACGGGAACAUUGACAUUCUAGGGCGCUGUGACGAUCAGGUCAAGGUCAAGGGAUUCCGGGUGGAACUCGACGGUGUCUCGUCGUCGCUGGCAUCCGCGCCUGGCGUCACUCGCGCCACGGUGCUCCUGAUCGACGGAGAAAUUCACGGCUUCAUCGUCCCGUCAAAACAAGACAUUGAAUCUAUCCUCGACUACACUCGCAAGCUGCAGCCCUACUACGCCAUCCCCAGUAGGGUCCACCAGCUUGACGAAUUCCCAACCACCACCAACGGCAAGAUUGACAAGCAGGCUCUUCGAGCACUGGCUCUACAGGCCGAGCUCAGCGAGAAGCGGCCCACGUCCCCCGAGAAGCCGGUCAGCGACUGCGGAACAUUGGUGGAGACGCGCUCCAUCUCUUCGACGUCGACCCUCACGGCCGAGUCGGAGAAGCUCGACCUCUCCAAGGACAUCCCCGACAAGGACAUUCCGCAGCCCUUCCGUGGCCUGCGACACAGGAUCCUCAUUGUCUACCGCACCCUGUUCAGCUUCAUCGGCAUCGUCAACAUCGGCGCGCUUGUUGCCCUGCUUCUUCUCCACGCGGGUCCGGAAUGGCUCGGCACGCUCACGGCCGCCAACCUCGUCACGGCGGUGCUCGUCCGCCAGGACAUCGUCAUCAAUAUUCUCUACACCAUUUUCUGCUCCGUGCCCAAGGCGGCGCCCUUGGCGAUCCGUCGCCGAUGCGCCAAAAUCUACCACCUGGGAGGUAUUCACUCGGGCGCAGGCGUGUGCGCUACUACUUGGCUACUGGCAUCGACCGUCCGCUCGACUGUGGCAUACGCGCAAAACAACACGACAGACUCGCCUGCGUCCAUCUUUGUCUCCUGGGUGUUGACACUUCUCUGCUGCGCCAUCGUGGGCUUCGCAUACCCGACCUUCCGCAAGAAGUACCACAACAGCUUUGAGCGCCUCCACCGUUUCCUCGGCUGGACCGCUCUGGCUCUGUUUUGGAUUCGCACCGUCUUGUCUGUCUACGAUGCCACCCCUGUCGGCGAGGAUCUCGGGCUUGCGCUCAUCCGAAGCCCCAGUUUCUGGAUGCUUGGAGUCGCAACCUGCAGCAUCGCCUCGUCGUGGUUCUGGCUUCGCAAGGUCCCCGUGGACGCCAUUCCGCUGUCGGAUCACGCCAUCAUGCUCAACUUUGGCUACACCUUCCCGGUCAACGGCAGCUUCACGCGAAUCUCGAGGCGACCUCUCCUGGAGUGGCACUCCUUCGCGACUAUUCCGCAGCCCGAGCCGAAUGAGCUCACGAGCCAAAAGGGAUACUCUCUGGUCGUGUCCAACGCGGGCGAUUGGACCAAGUCGUGCAUUCGCAACCCGCCGACGAAGCUCUGGGUACGCGGCGUGCCCACCUGCGGUGUCAUGCGCAUUGCAACUCUGUUCAACCGCAUCGUUGUCAUUGCCACCGGCUCUGGCAUCGGGCCUCUUCUUGGCCACAUCAGCCAGCCUAGCUGCCCCACGCAACUCAUCUGGUCAACACCGAAUCCUGAGAAGACGUUUGGCAAGGCUGUGCUUAGCACCAUCUACAAGACAAUCCCCAAUGCGGUGAUCCACGACACAAAGGUCAAGGGCCGGCCCGACCUUGUCAAGAUGGGGUACAAUCUCGUGAGAGAAUUCGGUGCCGAAGCCGUCGUCAUCAUUGCAAAUGAGAAAAUCACCAAAAAGGUCGUGUACGGUCUGGAGACGCGGGGCGUUCCCGCGUAUGGGGCUAUCUGGGAUAGCUGAAGCACAUACUUUCUGUCACAUAUUGCGCUUUUUGGCUGGGACGAGUGGUGUGUGAGUGUGCAUCUGGGACAGCAUUGUGCUUGAAAACGUCAUCAUCGGGCGCGGGGGGAGCAUACUGGUUUUCUUUUAUUAUGGUUUGGGUGCAUCUAUGUGGCCGCGAUGGGGGCAUUCAUUCAUGUACUUUCAAUGGCGGCGGCACGGACAAGGCUCGCUCAAGCCGCUCUACAGACUGGCAGGCAAUGAUUGUAUAUACAGAGCCGCUAGUAGGCAGCCAUUUGACAAUUCGAGCAUUUGGUCUUUGGACCCCCCCGAGGGGGCGACAGCAAAUUGAAGCAUGACGGCGCCCGCAGGCCCGGGCCCCUUCCGAAUCGGGAUGCGGACCGAUCCGCGAUGCCCCACAGUUUCCGCCGAGUCCGAGUGGGGCCGAUGCUCCGGCGACGGGCGAGUACAAGGUCGACACAGGGAGCUGACCACCAUUCCUGCGCUGGCAACAGGGGUGGCAAGGGGGGGGGAAGGGUUGCUCCGGUCUCGUGACGGAGGUGCAGGGCUCACGGCCACCUUCCGAGACGCCGUCUUCCGAUAUCUUGAUGCGUGCCGCAUUGGUCUUCCCCGCCGCCACUCUCGUCAUGACCGGCGCGCCAUCAUCCCUGUCGGCCGGUGUAGCAGUCGCCACCGUCGACGAGCAUCGUCGGGUAUUUUUUUCUACGCUCUCCCUUGCCCUCCCCUCGUCUCCCCGACGACACCAAUCCGGUACCCGCCGGCUCUGUACUGGGUGAGCAGUCACUUUCCAUCUGCAUGACGGCUCGGCGAGGUGGAUGCACAUUGGAAUUUCGUGUUACGCGGCGGCCCAGUGGCCGAAACACGAGCAACACACCGAGCAGAAAUCGAUGGGCCCCGAGGGGGCAGGGGGGGCGUGGUUGGCGUGGCAUCGUUGUCGUUUCGCACGGCCUGCCUGCCUUGACCGACCGACGGCUUGACCCUCCCGCAUCAACCCUCGAUUUUCCCCAGGAAGGCGCCUACAAUAUCGACAGAGUGCUGCGGAAUGUGACGGGAUUUCGACGUUGCAGCUGCCCCAGCCCAGCACACCUCGGUGGGGGCCUGGAGGCUGGGGCAAUGUCUGAGAUGGGGGUCGGUGGAUAGCCAUGGGGUGGUGUCAGACGUCCGUCCAAUCCAAUUGGAUCGAAACCAUCGAGAACCCAGGUGAAUGAUAAAGGUGGUUGCCCGAGGGCAUACAUGAAGCAAUAUAACGGGCGACUAUUGAGUAGCUGUGAAGACGAUGGUGGCAUGCGGGUUGUGCAUUGACAGGGUCCCACAAAGACGAAACCGUAGCAUACGGCACGUAUUCGGUACCCGACUUGUGGCAAACACGAGGUGUAUGUAUGCGGAGGCUGAUGCUUGUUCUCGUACAUACAUACAUAUUCUGUACAUACAUUACUGACGCGAAUCCAAAAUCGUGCACACCGUCCUGCCGCGACGUGCGACGGC